AUGGCCAACCUCCUGAAAACAGUGGUGACCGGCUGCUCGUGCCCUCUCCUCAGCAGUCUGGGCUCCUGUAAGGCUGUGCCCGGGAAGAAGGAGUUUUUACGAACCUUUCACACGCAGCAGGCGCUGUGGUGUAAAUCCCCUGCCAAACCAGGAAUUCCAUACAAGCAGCUGACUGUUGGAAUCCCCAAGGAAAUUUUCCAAAAUGAGAAGCGAGUGGCACUGUCUCCUGCAGGCGUUCAGGCCUUGGUCAAGCAGGGUUUCAAUGUUGUGGUGGAAUCGGGUGCUGGUGAAGCGUCCAAAUUCUCAGACGAUCACUACCGAGCAGCAGGUGCCCAGAUCCAGGGGACAAAGGAAGUGCUGGCCUCGGACUUGGUGGUCAAAGUGCGGGCCCCCAUGCUUAAUCCAACGUUAGAUAUUCACGAAGCCGACCUUUUAAAGUCUUCGGGAACACUGAUUAGCUUCAUUUAUCCAGCCCAGAACCCAGACUUGCUAGAUAAACUUUCCAAAAGGAAAACGACCGUUCUGGCGAUGGACCAGGUUCCAAGAGUCACGAUUGCUCAGGGGUAUGACGCGCUGAGCUCCAUGGCCAACAUCGCUGGUUACAAGGCCGUGGUCCUCGCAGCAAAUCACUUUGGACGGUUUUUCACUGGCCAGAUCACGGCUGCCGGCAAGGUCCCUCCAGCUAAGAUUCUGAUAGUUGGUGGUGGCGUUGCUGGGCUUGCCUCUGCAGGUGCAGCCAAGUCCAUGGGGGCCAUUGUUCGAGGGUUCGACACGAGGGCCGCGGCCUUGGAGCAGUUUAAGUCUCUCGGUGCCGAGCCCUUGGAGGUGGACUUGAAGGAGUCCGGCGAGGGCCAAGGCGGGUACGCGAAGGAGAUGUCCAAGGAGUUCAUCGAGGCCGAGAUGAAGCUGUUCGCUCAGCAGUGCAAGGAGGUGGACAUUCUCAUCAGCACCGCCCUCAUCCCAGGUAAAAAAGCGCCGGUUCUGUUUAGUAGAGAAAUGAUCGAGUCCAUGAAGGAAGGUUCAGUGGUUGUGGAUUUGGCUGCAGAGGCUGGUGGAAACUUUGAGACCACGAAGCCGGGAGAACUGUAUGUCCAUAAGGGGGUGACCCACAUAGGUUACACAGACCUGCCCAGCCGCAUGGCCACGCAGGCCAGCACCCUGUACUCCAACAACAUCACCAAGCUCCUGAAGGCCAUCAGCCCGGACAAGGACAACUUCCACUUCGAAGUGAAGGAUGACUUUGACUUUGGCACCAUGGGCCACGUCAUCAGAGGAACCGUGGUGAUGAAGGAUGGUGAGGUGAUUUUCCCUGCUCCCACUCCGAAAAACAUUCCUCAGGGCGCCCCCGAGAAGCCGAAGACAGUGGCUGAGCUGGAGGCUGAGAAGGCAGCCACCGUCACGCCUUUCAAGAAAACCAUGACCACGGCUUCGGCCUACACUGCAGGUCUCACCGGGAUUCUGGGCCUGGGCCUCUCAGCUCCCAACUUAGCCUUUUCCCAGAUGGUGACCACGUUCGGCUUGGCCGGCAUCGUGGGCUACCACACCGUGUGGGGAGUGACCCCCGCCCUCCACUCGCCGCUGAUGUCCGUGACUAAUGCGAUCUCAGGGCUGACUGCAGUUGGUGGGCUGGCGCUGAUGGGCGGGCAUUUGUACCCCACCUCCACGGCUCAGGGCCUCGCUGCUCUUGCUACCUUCAUAUCCUCCGUCAACAUCGCAGGUGGCUUUCUGGUGACUCAGAGGAUGCUGGACAUGUUUAAGCGUCCCACGGACCCCCCAGAGUACAACUACCUGUAUCUGCUCCCUGCUGGGACCUUCGUGGGCGGAUACUUAGCUGCUCUCUCCAGCGGGUAUAACAUUGAACAAAUCAUGUACCUGGGCUCAGGUCUGUGCUGUGUUGGUGCCCUGGCCGGCCUUUCCACCCAGGGAACUGCUCGUCUUGGCAAUGCACUGGGCAUGAUCGGCGUGGCUGGGGGCCUGGCAGCCACCCUUGGAGGCCUGAACCCGAACCCGGAACUGUUGGCUCAGAUGUCGGGAGCCAUGGCUCUGGGCGGCACCAUUGGACUGACCAUUGCCCAGCGCAUCCAGAUUUCGGACCUACCUCAGCUCGUGGCCGCUUUCCACAGCCUGGUGGGCCUGGCGGCCGUGCUGACCUGCGUGGCCGAGUACAUUGUGGAGUACCCGCACUUCGCCACAGACGUGGCGGCCAACCUCACCAAGAUUGUGGCCUACCUCGGCACUUACAUCGGCGGCGUCACCUUCAGCGGCUCCCUCAUCGCCUACGGGAAACUGCAGGGCAUCCUGAACUCGGCGCCCCUCCUGCUGCCUGGGAGGCACAUGCUCAACGCGGGCCUGCUGGCGGCCAGCUUGGGCGGGAUCAUCCCCUACAUGCUGGACCCCAGCUUCGGCACGGGCAUCCUCUGCCUGGGCUCCGUGUCGGCGCUCUCUGCCAUCAUGGGUGUGACCUUGACGGCGGCCAUCGGGGGCGCGGACAUGCCCGUGGUCAUCACCGUGCUCAACAGCUAUUCAGGCUGGGCCCUGUGCGCUGAGGGCUUCCUGCUCAACAACAACCUGCUGACCAUCGUGGGUGCGCUCAUCGGCUCCUCCGGCGCCAUCCUGUCCUACAUCAUGUGUGUGGCAAUGAAUCGCUCCCUGGCGAAUGUGAUUCUUGGAGGCUAUGGUACUACUUCAACAGCUGGCGGAAAACCCAUGGAAAUUUCUGGCACACAUACGGAAAUCAACCUGGAGAAUGCCAUCGACAUGAUUCGAGAAGCUGGUAGCAUUAUUAUUACUCCAGGCUACGGACUGUGUGCGGCCAAAGCGCAGUACCCCAUCGCCGACCUGGUGAAGAUGCUCACGGAGCAGGGCAAGAAAGUCAGGUUUGGAAUCCACCCAGUCGCAGGCCGGAUGCCUGGCCAGCUUAAUGUGCUGCUGGCUGAGGCCGGGGUGCCAUAUGAUAUUGUGCUGGAAAUGGAUGAGAUCAACCAGGACUUCCCAGACACCGAUUUGGUCCUUGUAAUUGGAGCUAAUGACACUGUCAAUUCAGCGGCUCAAGAAGACCCCAACUCUAUUAUUGCAGGCAUGCCAGUUCUCGAGGUCUGGAAGUCAAAGCAGGUCAUUGUUAUGAAGCGGUCCUUGGGUGUUGGCUAUGCUGCGGUGGACAAUCCAAUCUUCUACAAGCCCAACACGGCCAUGCUGCUAGGCGAUGCCAAGAAGACCUGUGAUGCACUGCAGGCGAAAGUUCGAGAAUCCUACCAGAAGUAA